AUGGCGGAACGGGAACAACGCUUAAAGGCGCUUCGAGCCUCAAUUGCACAGCUCGAAUCUGAUUUAUCUCUGUUGGAGAAGGAGGUCGCAGAGAGCAAAGCGGAGCUGCGGAAUGAUCCCAGCACAACAGUACAACGACAUGUCCGUCUAUUGCAUGAGUACAAUGAAGUCAAGGAUGCAGCGCAGGGAUUGAUGGGGUUGAUUGCAGAUGCAAAAGGAGUCAGAGUAGCGGAGAUUCACAAGGAAUAUGGAGUUGACGAGAAGGACUGA